AUGCCGCAAAACCACGGCCAGAUAUUUUCUGAUGCUAAACAAAACCUCCUUAUGGAGUUAUAUGAUGAUUCCCGUGAUAUAAUAACUAAAAAAGGUAACACCGCUCAAAUAAACAAAGCGAGAGAGGCAGCAUGGAAGACAAUUGCCGACAGGCUGAAUGCGUAAGUGAUGUUUCAUCCAUUCAUUAUUUCAGAUGAUAAUCCCGUCUCAAUGUUAUUGAUACAACCUGUUUGACAUAACAGAAUUGUAAUUUAGGCUGUAAAAUUAAAGAAAUUCACUACAAGACAAGUUGUAGGCUACAGAUAGUGAUUUAAUCAGAUUUAUAAUCGGAGUUGAAGUGGCUAUAAUCAAAUUGUUUUAUAUGCAAAACAUUUAUCACACAAUUGAUCAUGUAUUAUCUCAUUUACCUAAUUCCCCCUAUUCAGAGGAGCGCUGUUUAAAUGUUUGCAGGGGUUAAUUGAUUCUCUUGUUGCAUAAAAAGGAGCUAAUUGCUUCAUUUUACCUUCAUGUCUGUGCAGUAGGAUGAGGAACUAACUAAAACUCACUCAGCAUUCACUGUGUCUUUUAUUAACCUCCUUUUACUGUCCAAACAGAAGCAACCUCGGAGGCCAGAAACGCACCUGGCAACAGGUCAAAAUAAAAUAUAAAAACAUCCUUACAAAUGGUCAGUGAUGCAUAAUAAUUGUAAUAAUGUGAAAUGUAUUAGUAAAUAUCACUGUAAAGCUGUGACUGUGUUCCUUGCAGCAACCAAGAGAAAAGCUCAACUGGGAGCCACUGGUCGGGGACCACCACCUGAGGAGUUAACACAGGCCGAAUCCCUAGCCCUCAGCUACAACAAGGGCCAAAAUCACAAUACUUACCAAAUGCACUUUUUACUUAGUUUACAAAGUGGAUGGAAAGCACGUUUUGGGUUCACAAAUUAUUUUAUCAGUGCAUUGUGUAUGUAA